AUGGAGGUCCCGACAGCAACGUCGCUACGCGACAUUUACCCCGAAGACGCGCUCCCAGUCGAGACAAAGCGAUGGGAGAGCCUACUCGCCAAGUUCACAGAGCUCUAUGGCAAGCAAGCCGACUUUGUCGCUAGGAGUCCUGGACGCGUCAACAUCAUUGGCGAGCACAUCGACUACUCCCUGUACGAGGUUCUGCCCAUGGCCAUUACCGCCGACUUCAUCAUGGCUGUGGCUGUGCGGCCAUCUGAAGAGAAGCCCCGUGUACGGAUAGCCAACCUCAACUCUGAGAAAUUCCCCACUCGCGAGUUCGACAUUCCCGAGGGAGAGAUCCCCAUCGACGCUACCGAGCACGAGUGGACCAACUACUUCAAGUCUGGACUGAAGGGUGUAUCACAAUUACUACAAAAGAAGCGGGGAAAGUUCACAUCCGUUGGCAUGGACAUUGUCUGCGAUGGCACAGUACCGAGUGGUGGCGGUCUCUCGAGUUCAGCGUCCGUCGUCUGCACAAGCUCUUUGGCUGUGCUGGCUGCAAAUGGUGAGGAGAAGAUUGACAAGACCGAACUGUGCGAGCUUGCGAUUGUAUCUGAGCGCGCAGUCGGUGUUAACUCUGGAGGUAUGGACCAAGCAGCCUCCGUCUUCUCCCUCCGCGGCUCGGCCCUAUACGUAUCCUUCAAGCCCAGCCUAAACUACACAAACAUCGAGUUCCCCAAGACCGACCCCGAACUCGUCUUCGUUACCGCUCAGAGUUUCGUCGCCGCCGACAAGCACGUCACAGCGCCCGUAUGCUACAACCUGCGCGUCGUAGAAUGCACAUUAGCAGCUGUCUUCCUAGCCAAAGCCUUCGGCCUAAAGAAAGAGCUCCCAACAGACUCCUCUCCCCUCGGCGUCAGCCUCCGCGGCUUCCACGAUACCUACUUCGAAGACAAAGAGAACGUCUCCGACAACACCAAAAUAUCCGUCUCGGACUUCGAAACGCAGCUCACGAAGCUAAUCCAACACACCGAAGACUAUCUCCCCCAAGAAGACGGCUACACACGUGCGCAAAUCAGCGGGCUGCUCGGUAUCUCAGAGGAGGAAUUGAACGAACGCUACAUGUCCAAGUUCCCCGUACGCGCCGAGAAAUUCAUGCUCCGCCAGCGCGCCCUACACGUCUUCACAGAAGCCCUCCGCGUGAUCAAAUUCCGAUCGCUCCUCGCAUCUCCCCCAUCAAACGACCGUGCAUACCUCCAGUCCCUCGGCGAUCUCAUGAACACGACACAGGAUUCCUGCCGCGAGAUCUACGACUGCAGUUGUCCCGAGCUGGACGAAUUGUGCGAUUUGGCACGUGCGGCUGGCAGUUGUGGCAGCAGGCUUACGGGUGCGGGCUGGGGUGGAUGCAGUGUACAUCUUGUGCCGAAAGAUAAGGUUGAGGCGGUCAAGAAGGCGUGGGUGGAGAAGUAUUAUAAAAAGAGGUUUCCGGAUAUCAGCGAGGAGAAGUUGAAGGGGGCGAUCGUGGUUAGUGAGCCCGGGAGUGGGUCUGUGUUGUAUAAGGUUAAGGAUGGGAAACUUGCUUAG